AUGUCCACAGAUGAGCGGCACCUCACCUCCAGUUGUGGAUCCUUCAUCAAGACUGAGCCAUCCAGCCCAUCUUCCGGCAUCGACGCCAUCAGCCACCACAGCCCAAGUGGUUCAUCUGACGCCAGCGGUGGCUAUGGCAUCACUAUAGGUGGCCACCCCAAUGGCCUGGAUUCACCACCCAUGUUCAGCAGUGCGGGGAUUGGCGGAGGGCCCUGCCGCAAACGGUACGACGACUGCGCCAGUGCCAUCAUGGAAGACUCGCCCACCAAGUGCGAGUAUAUGCUGAACGCCAUCCCCAAGAGGCUGUGCCUAGUGUGCGGGGACAUUGCAUCCGGGUACCAUUAUGGAGUGGCGUCCUGUGAAGCAUGCAAAGCCUUCUUCAAGAGGACAAUUCAAGGUAUGGGGCCUGGGAGAAGGGAUGCAAGCAAUCUGACAAAAUGGGUUCUUUGGUUUGCAAGUAGAAGCUGUUGUAUAUUUCCCAAUAACUGAAAUAAGAUUUGGGGCGUGUUAUGUUUUUAGAAACGAGUGAGAGCUGAGAGUUGAGACUCUUGGUGAAUGUGGAGUCAGGCUGCAGGGUACCCAAGUGAAAAAUGAAACACUUUGCAAUCCUUACCAUUUGGGUCAGUAGCAAGCAGUGUACAUGUGAAAAGGAUCUUCUAGGCUGCAUCAACAGAAGUAUAGUGUCCUGAUUAAGGGAAGUAAUAGUCCCACUUUAUUCCGCCUUGGUCAGACCACACCUUGUGUACUGUAUCCAGUUCUGGGCACCACAGUUUAAGAAGGAUAUUGAUAAGCUGGAACGGGUCUGGAAAUCAAGCCCUGUGAGGAACGGUUGAGUGAGCUGGGUGUGUUUAGCCCAGAUAAGAGGAGACAGAGAGGAGAAAUGAUAGCCACCUGCAUAUAUCUAAAGGGCUGUCACAUGCGAGAUGGAGCAAGCUUGUUUUCUCCUGCUGUGGAGGGUAGGACCCAGACCAAUGGCUUCAAGUGAUGGGAAAGGAGAUUCUGACUAAACAUCAGGAAGAACUUUCUGACUGUAACAGCUGUUUGAGAGUGGAAAGGAUUCCCUCAGAAAGGUGGUGGACUCUCUUUCGUUGGAGGUUUUUAAGCAGAGGUUGGAUGGCCAUCUGUCAUGGAUGAUAUAUUUGAAAUUCCAGCAUUGCAGGGGGUUGGACUAGAUGAUUCUAGAUGACCCUAGAGUCUUCCAACUCUACAAUUCUAUGAUUCCGUGACAAGCACUGAAUUUAUUUAUUUAUAAAAAUAUUUGUAUACUGCUAUACAAUAAAAAUAUAUCAGCGCUGCCCUGCCCUCCUGCCACUGCUCUGAUCAAAACUGGAGCCUCCAAUGGCUGCUUUAAAGGGGUUGGGGAAGAUUCGAACACAAGUCUCCUGUGUCACAUCUUCUUUCAACCCUGAGACUUCCAGGGCCUUGUUCAUUUAAAGUAAGUGCAUCCUCAUGCUUGUCAUGUUUGAUUGUUAUUAUGGGUUGACCCUUAUUUUUGCUUGUGACAGUGAAGUCAUGCUCGGCAACUUUACAAAGAAGGGCCACUGUCGAUUUCCAUGGCUUUCAGCUGUUAACAUGUUAGCAAUCCUGUGAGAUAGGAUCAUUGGACACCCUCAAGGUUCUCAUUUAUAUUCAGUCUGUAUAUCCCUUAGCACCUAUUACCACUUCAAAAUGUGUGUGUCGGGGGGCGAAUGACAGAAGAUGCAUUAAUACAGAGUUAUGGUAAUAUUAUUCAUCAGCCGAUGCUACAGAACCAGGAAAUGCCUCCUAACAAUAGCUGGCAGUCACUUCACUGUAACAGUUGUUGAACGUACAUCAAAAAUAGCCGUGUGCUUCUGCAGCAGCAGCCAAGUGCUGUUCAGUCCUGACAGAAAGAGGACUUUUGAAUUAGAGGAUGUAAAAUGGAACAGAAUGCUCCUUGUAGGUUUCUGUUGGGGUGGCGUGGGGGGCAGGGGUAGCUAUUCCAAAGUUGGACCUGAUGUAUAUGUUCUCCAGAAAGAGAAUAAGUUUGAGCCUCCCCCUCUUCCAGAGAAGGGCUUUCUGGUGGACCGCUCUGAAAGUGACUGCAGCGCAGUGCUCUGUGCUGAGUGGUUGUGGGACAGAGUAAUUCUAUUUUAGUUAAUUACAAAGCCCCCAGUGUAGCUUCUCUCUACAGAAUUAUGGGGAAUGGACCAUCUUUCAUUUCAUUUAUUUUAUUUUCUCACAUUUGGGGGUGAAAAUAGGCCCCAAGCUUCACCUUGCAUCUGCGUUUGUGCAUUAAAACAAAAUCCAUCUGUUUCUGGGUUGUUCUUUGCUCUCUUCACAUUGAUUCUGUAAUUUGGGUUCCAAUCCAUUCUGUGUAAAAUGAGGCUCUGUGUUCUCCAUUCAGCAGAAUGGGAAAUCCAAAAAUGGACUAUACAUUUUUUCCCCUUUUGGCCAAAAUGGAUGGAAUUUACAAGCCUGGGAGACCCUCCGGAGUGGGUUAAGUUUGCCAAAUUCCGGAUGAAAAGGUGUAGUGGCUUUCUGAGGAGGAAGUAAAGGGACUCACUUUUCUUUAUGUUUCCCAGGAGGCAGGGGGGCAUCAGACUGGAGACUUGUCUCAUGUUCUUCCAAGUCAUAUGAUAAUUAAGAGGCGAAUGAGUGGUGUGUCUUGCUUGUAGUAUGCUAAAAAAAACCCCCAAUUUGUAGCUUCACACCAGCCUUUCUUUUCCUUUUCCUUUUCCUUUUCCUUUUCCUUUUCCUUUUCCUUUUCUGUUUCCCUUUCCCUUUCCCUUUCCUUUCCAUCCUAUUCCUUGUUUGUUUCUUCCAGUAGACCUUACAAUGUGAGGCUGUCCAAAAUGUUGUCUGGAGAGUUCCAAAGAGCUCUUUUUUUGUUUUGUUUUGUUUUGUUAAAACAGCGCAAUGUAGGGUUUUAUUUUUUUAAAAAAGCCACACACACAACAACCUUAAAUGAAGCUUUCAUCUUGUUUUAAAAAUGGCCUGCUUCUGUGCUUUAACAACUACAACAAAAUCCAGAGCUGCUGGGUGCUUGGCAGGCAUUUUGUACAGCCUCACUUCUUGCAAAGCCCAAUGCCUUAAAGAAACAUAGAAACACAGGAGGUACAGAAAUUACAGAGUGGCACAAGACAUUGGGGGGGGUUGUUGCUGAUCCAACUUGAGUGUGUGCCUGUAUGGAUUCCAACUCGCCUUCUUAUUUGCGACCCACCUUGAACUGAUGCGCGCUCCUAAUUUACACUCCAUCUUUCUGACUGCUACAAUAUGGCUUACAGUCAGAACAAAGGCAAUGCAGAAUAAUAAUAAACAAUGUUUUCCACAAUACCACAGAGCAAUGCAAAUUAGGGGUAAUUUUAAAUGGCAGGCACCUCCCAUAUGGAUGGUGCAGAUGGGACAGAGUGGGCAUCAGCAGUAGGUUCUGCUGAGAUGCAGGUGUCCUGGCAUCUGUCUGAGGAUGCUGAUACUAUCCCCAAUCCUCUCCUCCUGAAUUCUGGGAAUGGGAGCUAGAAAAUAGCAGGAUGCAGUUUCUGCUCUUGUUCACAGGGAAAGGAUAAAAGGUUGAACUCUCAAUAUUUAUAGCAACCCUGGCCAAUCCAGGGGCCGCAUGCUGUCUGUCAACCCCCAAGCUGCUGAUGUUGCAUAUCUCUGUUCUUUUCUGGACCAAAGAGGGCUCUGAGAUCUAAGCACACAAAGUCCUGGGUUGCUUUCAAGAUUAUGUCCCAGUUCAAGCCCUGGAUCUCCUAGCUAGCCCACUGUUUGAAGUCAUUUCCCUCAAUUAUGCAUGGUCAAUGACUGCUCCCCGCUUAAAACAGGGGGCGCCCUUUGCGUGGACGCGCGCAGCCCCUAGAUCUGGAGCGGCUCCAUCAGCAUAGGCUUGGCUUUGCCUUCCCUCAGGUGGGAUACCUGGAGGUCUCUGCCUACCUCAGUCAGUUGUCCAAUCCUACCUGGGGGAAGCGUUGCCAAGGAGACCAGGCCAGGUAGGGGAGGGAUUACCUGCCCACACAACAGAGGGAGGAUCUUACCUGGGAAUCCUCACUUGGCUCCAGAGCUUCUCCCACCCUACCCACCCUCAGUUACAGUGGUACCUCACAAGACGAAUGCCUCGCAAGACGAAAAACGCGCAAGACGAAAGAGUUUUCCGUUUUUUGAGUCAUUCCGCAAGACAAAUUUCCCUAUGGGCUUGCUUCGCAAGACGAAACGUCUUGCGAGUUCUUGCAAGUUUGUUUCCUUUUUCUUAAAGCUGCUAAGCCGCUAAGCCGUUAAUAGCCGCUAAGCCACUAAGCCGCUAAUAGCCGGGCUUCGCAAGACGAAAAAACCGCAAGACGAAGAGACUCGCGGAACGGAUUAAUUUCGUCUUGCGAGGCACCACUGUAAUGUCUUAUUUUGCAGGUUAACUUUUCUUCACAGAUUUUGUAGGUUAACUUUUAUUCACAGGUAUGCGGGCGCUGCUACGUUAAGGUAGCUGUUAAAGGGCCGGAAAGGAAUUUCCCUGCAUUGGCAGGUUUCGCCUUUCCCGUAGCAAAACGUCACAACUUUGGCGGUAUCAGGCCUUGGGCGGAAUCCUUUAGUCCAUCUUCCUCUUUGUGGCGGCGAUACCAGGGUUCCCUGUUAAAGGGGUUUCUGAAGGGAGGCUUUGACCAUACGCCGAAAGGUCGUCAUUGCUCUCCCCUGUGGCGGCGGCGUAACAGGGGCGGCUAUCUCUGCUUGAACAUAUGUUCUCCAGAGCCGGCCCAUCCCCCCCCACACACUGGAUAACCCUGAUGCUCCCUAGGUCCCUGGCUGGGGAAUGGGGAGGGAGAACGCCCAAUGCCUGAGCCAAGGUCUACCCACAUUUGAAAUUUAAUAAAGUUGUGACCAAUUUAAUCCCAUAGCACGUUGUCUUGAGUCGUUAUUCCACAUGACGGGGGGGACCGCUCGGGAUCUGAGGACUCCACCUGUCCAUGCAAAUAGGAUGAGUGACACGCUCAAAGCAUACUCUCGCACACAUGUGUGAGCAUGCAUGCAUGUGUGCAUCUUCUGCUGCUGCUCAUUGGCGUGCGCAGGUUCCUCCUCUGGCUUCUGAAGACACCCUGGAACUCUUUCGGCUGCCAGAUCGCCCCAAGUCCACAGUGACUGAAGUGGCAGCGUGACUGCCAGCCGGUGGGAAGGCUGUUGGAAUCCCAAUGAGUUAAUCUCAUCACUUUAUCACAGGGCACUUACAGAAAUUGCAAGGCAGCGUGAGUGGUUCUGUCCUGUUGGCAGGCAGCCUCAGGACCCAUAAAAGAAAUUGGGAAAGUUGUGGGAGGUGGGGGUGGGGAGGAAUAAAACAACAACAACAACAACAGCAGCAGCAGCAGCAGCAGCAGAGAACUUUACUAAAUUUUGAAGAGAGUUGCUUAUCUUGAAUGAGGUUGACUGCUACCUUCUUUUACCUGUGCUUUUCUCUAAAGAAGAGAGAAAGAGGGGUUUUGCUGCUUAAGCCUAUCUGCUCCUAUUCAUUGCAGCACAUUGCUCUUACUACCAGACACAAUGUGAUCUGAUGGCAUUAAGGUUUAUCGGCGAUACUUUCAUAGUUCCUCCCUUUUAGUCAGGGACAACAUGAAUGCACCGGAACAGUUUUUUGUUUGUGACUUGGUACAAAGUUUGAUAAAAGGAUGUGCAGGUCACAAAGCAACAUUGCUGGCUGAUUCUUGACACCAGAUUUAUUUAUUUAAUUAAUUCUUUGUUACCUGAAGAUGGAUAAAACUGUAGGUUUGCUCUGAAGGAAUUGUAGCCUUGCAUUUGAAAGGGAGAAACAGGUGAUUUAAAUAAAGGAAUGCAAAACAGACAAACCUACUGUUCUUUCCAAGUCCCUUCCAACUCUGCAAUUCUAUGAUUUUAUAAUUCUUUGAUUCGUGUGUGUGUGUGUGUGUGUGUGUGUUUGGGUGAGGGGAGGCACUGCAGAAAAGCAGGGAUUCUGUGGCUGGCUGGCGGUACCUGCCUUGCUACUGCAGUUCAUUUGUUAACUAGAGAUCAAGCUUGAAUUUCAAUUUCCAGCUUUUAGAGAUAUUUGAUACUUCCUUGGCUAUUGAAAUUCAGGCGCUGUGCAGUGCCACGGUAUAGACUGAAUGGAAGCAGCUGGUACUGCACUCCGAGCUCCUGAAUCUAACCAUGUGGUGGCAGGGCUGUGUGAGCAUGCAGAAGGGCAUCAGAGAAAUGAAACUGCCUCACGUUGGUGUUGACUGUCAGGAUGUGGGUCUUAAAAGAUAAUACUCUGAAGGUGAAACCCUUUUGUAAGGCAGGCAGGCUCAGAGUCAGCAUCGUUGGGGGUUACAGUGUUCCUUAAUAAGCCCCAGGAGUUAACUAGUUCAUCCUGCUGUUUUGGCAGCGUGAUAAUUAUUCUUUUAAAAAUCAAGUAAGUAGCAAUUUCAAUGUGAUUUUCAGUCCUUAGCUCAUUUCAGAACCAGAAGCUAUGCCUGUAAUGGGGCUGCUGCCAAAAAUGGCAACCCAUGUUGAAGUUUUUCCUCCUCUCCUUGUAUGUCAUUAAGGAAAUGCCUGACAUUAUAUCAUCAUGCCAUAUGCUUUCCUGCAUUCUCCAGAAUCAGCCAAUGAUCUGGCGCAAGGGAUGGGGAACUAUGUGAUGUUGCACCACAUUUUUGCCAAAAACUGAAUGGCAGGGUGCAGUUGCUUUUAAUAGCAGCCCUAUGCUCCAAGUCAUAUCUCAACCCAGCUUCAUUCGUUCCAGUACGGAUGAUGUACGAAAGAUUAUCCAAAGUUAAGAGACUGCAGGAUGGUGACUUGUUUAAGGUCAUCUCAGUACAUUUCCUCCCUAUAUGCAUAAAUAAACUUGGGUUCAAGACCAUAUCCACUGAUAAGGUUUCUCUUCUCAAAGUACUUUGAAAAGACAUGCCAUGUGUGUGUGUGUGUGUGUGUGUGUGUGUGUGUGUUUCUGCAUAUAUGUGAAAGGGUAAUGUCAGAACUGUAUCUGCAAGAAAUCUUUUCUAGAAUCUUCAUCUUCACUGUUCUUCCUCUGCCACCUCACCCUCACUAUUCAUGAAUUUAUAAACUUCUGACCACCUCCCUUCAUUUUUUAAAUGUAGAUUGUAAGCCUUAUUUGCAGGAACUAGGGGUGGGAAAGAAAUUUGAUUCAGUUUUCAUGUACUACCUAAUUUGCAUUUCCUGAAAAAAUACGAGAACCGAAAAACAGCCAUCCUUCAAAUUUGCACUUCUUUGAAUUUUACAAUCCAGUUCUCCGGCCAAGUAAUGUGUACAAACACACACAUACUGGGAUAAAAUGCAUGCAUAAAAAUGCACGUUAGUGAAAAUGGCAUGCGAGAAUGUAUGAAAUUGCUUUGCAGAAAUGUGCAUAUUAGACAAAAGUGCAUACAAACAUAUGCAUUUUAGAAAUGAUUAGAGGACAUUCAUACUAAAAUGCUGAAGAAUCUUCAUGGGGACUUUCCCUUUUCAUAAGAAAAACCUGCAAACUGAUGUGGCAAUGCAGAGAAUUAAAUUUAGGACUGGAAAAAUGAGAAACAAGUGAGAAAUCAAAACUGAUACACCUGCCCAAUUUGUAGAAGGGCUCAUGUAACAAUGGCACUGGUCAAAGCAGCGAUUCCUUUUGUUGUUGUUUGAGCAACACUUCUGAGGGCAUAAUACCCUGCAGUCAUCUUCUCUUCUAUUUGGUGCUAGUCCUUAGUGAUCCCCUCUUUGUCUUUGCAGGGAACAUUGAAUACAGCUGCCCGGCGACCAAUGAGUGUGAAAUCACAAAACGGAGGCGCAAAUCCUGCCAGGCGUGUCGCUUCAUGAAAUGCCUCAAAGUAGGGAUGCUGAAAGAAGGUAAGGCGAGCCGGGCGCAUGACUUCUGUCGGUUUGCCAACACCUAAAAAACCCUCACCUCUCUCUGACUGAGGCCAGAUUAUGCUUUUGAUGUGAAGGAGGAAGCAGCUAGAGUUGGUUCGAAUUCUGAGUGACCAAGGGGAAGAACACAAUGACAUGCCGGUUGUGUUAAAGUGAAAUUCUGUUCCUGACCUGACUGAAAAAGUUAAAAGCAGGCAAAUCGAAACCUAACACACCACAGUCAGGUGUGAAGAAUGCAUAUGUGCUUAACUGCAGUUAUGCAUGUUUUGCUCGUUUGUUUCAAAGAGUUGUUCUCCCAACCUUCAAUUUCAGACCUCCUAGGUCAGCUUCCACAAAAAAUGGAAAUGUGUUUUGAGGUGCUUUGGCAAAUAAAAGGGUAUUUGCCCAGCACUGGAAAAACUUAAGAUUCCCCAGUCCAAUCUGAGGAGCACAUUCCACAGUUUGGGUACUACACCUGAAAAAAUUGCAAUAUUUCUCUGUGGCCUGCCUAAUCUCAGAAUGUGGAGGUACCCAGAGAAGGGACUUAGAAGAUGACAUUUGGGCGAGAAUGUAGGACUCCAACACUGAUGGAUAUGUGCAGAUGGUGCCAUGGCUCCCAACGCAAUAUGCUGUUGUCUUUUUUAGUCUAUUGUGCUGUUUGUAUUGAUAUUUUGUUCCAUUGGAAACCUGCCUCAGAGGGGUUGCACUUAUUUUCCACGCGUGAAAAAUGCCUUUUCCUUUUUUUAAAAAAGGGGGGGGAGUCAUCUGAGCAGUGGCAUUCCCUUUCUCUUUCUUUAUAGGCACUUAAAAAUGGCUGAAGGUUCAUUCCUUUCAUUCCCCAUUUAUUUGUACACAUUUAUUUUAUAAGAAACAUUUACAGAAGUGGCAUGCUACAAGCUAUAAGAUUCCAUACAUGUAAAAACAGAACUGUGCACUGAACAUUAGGGUGUUUGCAGAAGAAUGUGGGGUUAGAAUGAGAAGGGUUGAGUAAACCUGUCCAUUUCAGUCCCAUAUCAGUUGGUAGGAUUUUAUUUUUAGUCCUUGUGAAAACUUAUUUGCCUUGUAAUGCAAAUCUCACCUACUAUAAACAUUUUCGCAAAGCAUUUCCCCCUCAUAGAAUGCAUUUUUGUAUGUCUCCACCCGCUCUAAGACAUGCAUUUUUAUGCACACACAAACUCCGUUACAUGCCUUUUGGUACACAUUACUUGACUGAAGAACUGCGUUACAAAACCUGGAGAAGUGUGAAUUUUGAAAUGUGGUUGUGUUUCGGUUCUCGUAUUGUUUCAGAAAGUGUGUGUUAUGCUGGUUUGCCUUCCAGUGCAAACUGAAUCAAAUUCACACCCACCCACCCAUCCCCAGGCACGACUGGGAAGGAAGUUUGAUCAUAGCCCAUUUGUUCUGACAGGAGAUAAACAUCCCUGGCUGGAGAGAGGCCUUUGUCCCCGUGCAGGUGGUCUCCUUUGCCCUGCAGUGCUCAGCCCACCAUCUCACCCCACCUAUUGAUCUGCUCAGUGUUGUCUGAACAGUGCUUGGCUCAUCCCCUUGUGCUCCUCUCCUCCCUCCCCCUCCAUCCAUCCAUUCAAGGUGCGCCACUGGGAAUUCAAUGGCAAUUAAACACAUUCUUAUGGAUUGGCUUCAAAGCUUCAUUUCCCUGGGCUCCCUCCAGAAUGGAAGGAUGGGGGGGGGGGACAGGGAGGAAAUGUAGCACUUGUAACUCUCUGCAUCGAUGUACUUGGAAAAGCACAGCUGCCUCACAGCCUAACCCACACGGAAAGGAUAUCAGCACUGGAGAGUGCUCCAGCCCAGCACAUUUCAGCCAAAGCAGGCAGGCUGCCAUCUGUGGAAGCCAGAGAUGAAUUGGAAGCCAUAGUGCUUUCCUCUGAGGUGUUGCAAGAGUGAUAAAAAGCUAGUGCUGUUAGUAAUGUAGAUUUAAACCCUGUUUUGCCCUUUGAUUGACAGAUCUUAUCUGAGGUUAAAUUUCUGCCUCUCGCUCACUCUCUCUCGACUGGAGCUCUCCUGACAUUGGUGAGCUCAGGCCUGUGACCCUUCGUGACCUUGCUUUUAGAUUAGGAUGGUGAUAGAUUCAGAGCGAGAAUUAGCCUGCUUUGAAGGUGGUGGAGUGACCUAGCGAUGUGUUGUCCCUCGGAAGCCAGGAAAGAUGAACUCUCUCUCAGUCCCUUGGAUUCUUCCAUUUUACUUACUCUGAUUUGCUCUUUUCCUUUACAGCUUCAAACCACAUUCAUUCCAGCAUCCACUUAGGGUCCAGUGCUUUAUCUCAUAUGGGCUUUGCAGCACUGAAGUUUAGAUUACACUGCUCCAAAGGCACACUGCUUUAAUUGAACAUGUAAUCAUAUUAUAUGUGCAACCAUUAAUAGUAGUGAUUCCGGACAUGCCUGUUGCCAGGACCUUGGAUUGCUGUUGCUUGUCAUGAUCAUUUAUACUUCCAUCCUAUGAUAAUAUACAUCUGUAUGCAGGUAGCCAUGAACUAUUGUUACUGCUAUAAAGUCUGCAACUACUAGCAACAAUCAUUGUAGCAUUGUUAUUACUAUUAUUAUCUGCAGUAAUAUUAUUUGCAGAAGAAAAGGAAUCCAGUCAAUACAAUGGCUUUAAAAAGCCCAAUAAAGGCAAGAAAAAAUUGUUUUGUGGUAUUUAGUCUCCAAGGAGUCAGCAAUUUUCUAGGAAGAACAAAUCCAAAAUUGUUUGACUUUCAGCACAGAGAUGCAGAAUUGGCUGGGGAUUUUAGUUUAUGAAGGGUUCAUUGCUCUUCCUACCUCUGGCUCUCUUAGAUCAUCCAUUCAAUCUCCCAGUCAAGGCAGGAUUGUUCCCAAGUGCACAUUUUUCUAGUAUUAUAUCCAGGUCAACCUUACAAGUUCCAAGUGCUUCCCUUGAGAAGUACCUCAUACUGAUCAGAAGAGAGCCUUGAUAUUCAAAGUAAUAUUUUUCUCCUUCUGGGAUCCCAUUCGUCAUAUUGUCCCCUAUCACCAACACUUCCAAAUACCACAUUAAAUAAUUCUCCGCUGCUUGCUGUUUUGAAAGAGAUACGAUGUGCUUUUGCCAUCUCCAGAGACGUCAGGAUCACAUCAGACUGUAACAACAAUUCUGGCAGUUAUAGAAGAUAGCUUUCUUCUUAUUUUCUAGUUUUUAAAAUCUUGAUUUUCUCUUGUGACCCAUUACCAGUCACUUACUAUAAAGUUCUGGUGAAAAUCCCAGUGAAAACACAGAUCUACUUAACAAAGGGAUAACGAGAUUCCCCGUUUGGUGUUUUGUUCUUUGGGGCAUUUUCACACAGACUAAAAAUAGAGUCCAGCUGAGCACAAUGUCAUCUCCGAAGUGCCCAGAGCUAAAUAAUAUAAUUGGGAGUUGUCUUUUUUUGAAGUUACUGUAAGGUCAUUUUUGCCAUCAUAGCUCAGUUAGAUUUAUUUGGAGCUUGCAUGUCUAACGAAUCCAGUAGUUACUGAAAUCAUGACUCAACAUUACUCCAGAAAGUCUCUAAACAAGUUUGUUGGAUAUUUCCAGGCAUCUGCCUCUAGCUUCUCUUCUGUUUGGCAUCAGCAAACAUCUGCUUCUCCCUCAAACUUACUGGCAGAGUUUGUUGACUGUUGCUGGUUACAAGCUGAAAGACCCUUGCUGUCUGUCUGAAGCCCAUCUGACAAUGGCUGUACGCUCUCCUGAGCCUCAGAUGAGUUGCAAGGGCUUUGGGGAAGGAAGAAGAAGUGAGCAGCAGUCUAGUCCAUGCAGUCCCUUUCCCCACCCAAGAAGCUUCCUUCUUCAUCCUCUUUAGGUAGGACUUUGGUUAGGAGCUGUGUGAUAGAGCUCACACACUAGGGGUGCAAUCCUAACCAUGUCUGCUCAGAACUAAGUCCUAUUGAAUUCAGUGGGUCUUCCAACCCAGUAAGCAGGGAUCAGACUGCAGCCUAAGAAGACCUUUUGGGCACAAACCCAAAAGGCAAGAUUUGCCAGAAAUAGAGACUGUCUUUGUCAGGUUAUGGUGACGGGGGGGCGGGGGGAGGAGGUGGAGAGGAAGGCUCCAAAUGAAUCCUUAAAGACUGUGAAAGACUAUCCUUGUGAUGUACCCAGCACUGGGGGUUUGUUAUGGCAAUGCAGAAAGCGAUUGAGAAACAGAGGCAGGAAGGGAGCAGAGUGAGCAAUCAAUAGGUUUCUCAGAUAUCCUGGCCACUUUGCUUAAGAGAGCCCUAAUCAAUGCAGUGCAACUCAGGGAAUGCAUGUGCGCCGGGCCAUCUCAGUUUCUUCCCUCAUGACACUGCAGAGUGGAAACUCACUACAGCAUGUGGAUAAAACACAGUGUGGGAAACUUUCCAUGUCAAACCUGAUAUAUAAGCCCAGUACACACGUGUUUAACAUGCCAGCUUUCUUACCUGUUGUUAACCAUCUUUAUUCCUACAAGGAUUUGCCACUGUUGCAUCCAUUUGGUGUCAAAGGUUGGGAUCUGCAGCUCAACAUGCAACUAUGGAGCUGCUGCUUCCAUUCGCCCUUGGCAUCUUAAGUUGUACAAUUCUAGUUCUGCAUUGGUUGACAAAUAGUCAACUAGUUGUGGGGCGGGACUUACCUGACCGCCUGGUGGUGGAGUCGCUGCUGCUUAUUGGGAGGGAGAGGGGAAAGGCAAGGAGACUGUGAGCAGGAACACUCUAUUGGCUCCACUGGAACAUUCAUAUGGUACUGACCUCCCCACUGCCUUGCCCCCCAGAAAGCAUCAGUAACACAUCUGCCAGGUCAGAUAGCCCCACCCUAGCACCCACUAUUGCAUGUAGUGACAAUGUAGUGACGAGGGCCACAUAAAUGGCAUCCUUGCUAGUCUUUAUGUCUUAAAGAUACCUUUGCCUAGAAAUUAAUUGGUACCGUAUAUAUACAUAUAUCCCCUUCAUGGAUCACUGCCUUGCCGUGGUGAAGGGGCUUGAAUAACUCAGAGAAGCUAUGAGCUAUGCCGUGCAGGGCCACCCAAGAUGGACAGGUCAUAGUGGAGAGUUUUGACCAAACGUGAUCCACCUGGAGCAGGAACCGGCAAGCCACUCCAGUAUCCCUGCCAAGAAAACUCCAUGGACAAAGAAACUCAGCAGUGGCCAGAGGAUUGGAGAAGAUCAGUCUACAUCCCAAUCCCAAAGAAGGGAAGUGCCAAAGAACAGAUCGUGAAGCUGAGGCUCCAAUACUUUGGCCACCUCAUGAGAAGAGAAGACUCCCUGGAAAAGACCCUGACGCUGGGAAAGAUGGAGGGCACAAGGAGAAGGGGAUGACAGAGGACGAGAUGGUUGGACAGUGUUCUUGAAGCUACCAGCAUGAGUCUGACCAAACUGCGGGAGGCAGUGGAAGACAGGAGUGCCUGGCGUGCUCUGGUCCAUGGGGUCACGAAGAGUCGGACACGACUAAACGACUAAACAACAACAUAUACAUAUAUAGGGACGCGGGUGGCGCUGUGGUCUAAACCACAGAGCCUAGGGCUUACAGAUCAGAAGGUUGGCGGUUCAAAUCCCUGCGACGGGGUGAGCUCCCGUUGCUCGGUCCCUGCUCCUGCCAACCUAGCAGUUUGAAAGCACAUCAAAGUGCAAGUAGAUAAAUAGGUACCACUCCAGCAGGAAGGUAAACUGUGUUUCCGUGCGCUGCUCUGGUUCGCCAGAAGCGGCUUAGUCAUGCUGGCCACAUGACCCAGAAGCUGUCCAGGGACAAACGCCUGCUCCCUCUGCCUAUAGAGCGAGAUGAGUGCACAACCCUAGAGUUGUCCGCAACUGGACCUAAUGGUCAGGGGGUACCUUUACCUUUUUAUAUACAUAUAUAUCUGAUACAUGGUGAUAGUAUCAGUCUAGACUAGGAACGGAAAAUCUUAAAACUGAGCUACACAUCCAGCAAAAUCAUUUGGUAGACAGCAUUUCAGACUGCCAAGUGGAGGUUGAUAUUUUUGAAUGUCCCCCCCCCCCAUGUUAAAAGCAGCAACAGUGCCCUCCUUGAAUAUGGAAAAAACCAGUACAUCAGGAACAGGUAUAGCCUAGUACCUUUCUCUUUGAUGUGCUGCAUAGGUAUAACUAGAGAGGUAACUCCUCCUACAGUCUGAACUGGUAAAGUCAAGGGAAGACUUUGUAAUGUUAUUUUAAUAAAUAUAUAGCUCUCUUUUUUUCUUGCAAACUGCCCUGAGAUAUUUUGAUGGGCAGAAGAAUAAUAAUAAUAUUCUUAGAAUUCUAAAAUAUGAAACUCACCCUGUAGGAAAUAUUUCAAAAAGUACUGAAAGUUGGAAUCUUGCAUGUUGGAACACAAUAGAGUUGUUUGGCUCUUCAAAUUCGACUAGUAACGGUAUUUUAUCUAUUUGGGGGGCGGGCAAGGAGACGAGAGACUGAAAAUGACAGUAAGCAAGGUCGCAUUUCAAAUGUGAAUUCUUUGAAUGAGGCUUUCUUAGAUCAAAUUGCAUGUUUCUGAUCAUGCACUGAGGUCAUUCUCUUGCGAUUGUGACCUUACAAAGCGUUGGUGCAGAAAAAUGCUGUUUUGUCCAUUUACUCUGCAUUAGGCAGCUCGGGUGGUUUGGGUUAGCAGGUCUGGGCAGAGCUUAGCACACACACAGAGCUAAACAUUGGCGGGUUAUGUUUAGCCUGUGCGAUCAGUAGAAUGAAUCCUGUUGUCAUUUUCCCUCCAGGGAAAAGCCUUUCUUUGGGAAGGGCUGGAGGGGAGCAGGCAUGCAAAGACCUCUGAGAAACAAGAAAUAAGAGGCAGCAGAGGAGGAAUCACUGUGACAGUAAUGCAUGGCAAAAAAUAAAAAUUAAAAAAUUCUCAAGGAAUUUCCCAUUUGUUUUUUUCAGGCUAAGGUUGCUGAUAGCCUUGUGAGAAAGUAGAUCCAGGGGCUUUUAAAAAACCUGACUAUUCUUUCCUGUUUAGGUGGACACAUAUAUGCAUAAACAUUUAAUAAUUUCAUAUUGAUGCAAUUAUCAUUAAAAGUCUUGAUAUUGACAACACAAUUAUUGUUAAAAGUCUCAAUAUCUGUUUGCUUUGGUUUUCUUUUUUUCUUUAAUUGUAGUAGAGAUUGUGCUUAUUGUAUACUUAUGUACUUGGAUCCUGCUUCAAGAACUGUUGAUAGAAAGCUGUCUAUAAAUGGCUUAAAUAAUGACUUAAAUCCUAAAAGGCAAGCUAUAAAUAAUUGUAAUAACUAUAAAUUAUUAAAUGUACAAAACAACAGUAGUGACAUAGUGGUAAUAAGCAAAAGCUUUCUAAAGACUCUAAAGAGUACAGUAUAGCCUUUCUUUAAAAAGUCUUAUCCAAAUCAUCUUUCUGAACAUGUAUCAAAACAGAAGAGAGAAAGUCAGGAUGAUGUAAGGGGUUAAGGUGUCCUUAAAUUUUCCUUGAACUGGCUUUAAUAUCUGUACACCUUAAACUCAUCAUGAGCAAUAAUCUCUAAUUUUAAACAACGUCUUGGAUCAUUACUCUUAAAUAAUGACCUGUCUGAAGUCCGAUUCAUUUGUAUUUCAGAAUUUCCUAAACAAUAUUUCUGCUACGUUUCACAUCAAAACACUUGACUUGAGGUCAUGUUUGAGUUCCUUUCCUGUGAACCUGCCCCCCACCCUGAAUUGCAUAGAAACUCGAAUAAUAUUUCCAUUACGUUUAUCUCAUUGUGUUAGCAAGCAGUGUUAACAAUACAAGUUACCAGGUUCUUCACCUUUCAAAAUCUGUUUUUUUACUCUCCCAGAGAUAGGAAUAAAGCAUAGGAAAUGGAGAGGAACAAAAAUCUAACCACGUGAGCAGAAACCGAUUAGAAAACACCGAACUAAGAGGAAAAGCUAGCAGAAGAGGACAGGGUUAAAAAGGCCAAGAGAAGAGGUUAGCUGUAUUAAGCUUAAUUUGAGAGUGAAUAUAUUUCCUUUCUCUCUCUUGAUAUUUCUACAAGAUAAAACUCAACAACAAUCCAAUCAUGAACCCGAGAUUACAAGGCAAGCUGCUUAGGCAACAAGAAUUUACAAAAAUAAUUCAAAACUAAGAGAAAUAAUGUAUUAACCACUUCCAUGAUCACAGCUAAUCCACUUUUCUCUAACAUCCAUGACACUAAGAACCCCAUUUUCCUGCUACUCUAAUCGCAAACCUGCUAACUGCUUUAACUAGCAAAUCCCAGCUGCUCCUUCCCAGAAUUCCACCCUCCAAUAGACUUCCACUCCUACUCCAACAAUAUGAUUUUAGAGUUUUAAGGGACCUCAGCGGCCAUCUGUUCCAACACUGCACCAUGCAGGGUGCAAUUACAGCAUCCCUCAUAGAUGGCCGUUCCGCCUCUGCUUAAAUACCUCCAGCAAAGGAGGUCCUUCAUUCCGGCCUCCAAGAAAUUUCCUCCUUUCAUCCAUCAGAUUGUGAGCACAGCUCACUGCACACCCUCUGACAUUUUUCCAAUGAAAAUACAGACGUCCGACCUAAGGGAAAGCAGAACAUUCCAGGAUCAAAUCAGAAACCGGGACGGCUUCUGUAAAUCUGGUACUAUCCCUGGAAAAUAGGGUCACUUGGAGGGUCUGUCACUGUAACACAUUCUCUUGCAGGGCCCCUCUGAUUUAACACUUGCAUCAAAAGGCUUAAUUUCCUUGGAGAUGCUUCCCCAUUGACCACACCUCCGUGCUAAGAUCUGCUUCAGCUGCUCAACGUCUGCAUGCCAUAUAGUUCUUGAAUUGAAAUUGAAAUACUGUAUUGUCACUUGUACAACUUGUAUACAGAUUACACGAGCACCCUCCACUCAGCUCUCUUAGUCUUAAUUCCCCUCGUUUACUGACGCACACCCAUCAAACUCGAAAGUCAGUUGCCAUGUUGUUAUCUUUUCAUUCAGCAGCCUAACAGCCCAUGGAUAGAAGCUGUUCUUUACCCUGUUGGUGUGACUAAUCAUGCUUCUAUAUCUUCUGCCUGAGGGCAGGAGAUCAAGAAAGUGCGAAUCAUCCCUGAGAAUUUUCCUCACUCUCCUGAGGCAAUGUUCUUCCUCUAUUUCAUCCAGCAGAUUCACGGGACAGCCCAUAAUAACUUGUGCUGUAUUCACCACCCUCUGUAGGCACUUUCUAUCAGUUGAUGUCAAACCAGCGUACCACACCGUGAUGCAGUAUGAAAGGACACUUUCUAUUGUAGAAGGAGAUAAUCAAAUGUUGAUUGACAUCGUUCUUAGGGGCAGAGAGAACCAGUGUCAGGGAAAAAAUGUGUAAUUUCUUUCUCUUACACUGCAUCUAAACAGAAAACAGCACACUCUAGUACUCUAAACCCACUUCUGUUAUACUGACUGCUGUAAUGCAAGCAGCUAGCUAAAACAAUAAAGAAUUAAUUUGAACGGGUUAUAUUUUUGUCUCUCUUGCUUUCUCUUUAAGUAUCUUUCGGUGGAGCACAACCGUUCGAGAAGUGCCCCCUGCUUCUCAAGUGUUCCCUGGGAUCCCCCUUCCCCCAACCCCCCUUCCAUUCUGUGCAUUUUCUGAAAGAUAUUUGAUUUCAGUGAAAGCUCUGCUGACAUCCAUGCAAUAUGCUUGCACUUUCUCUUUGUGCUUCCUGGGAAGGAUGAGGACUCCUCCGGGGAUUCUGGGUAAUUGGGUUAGUGGCCAGCUCAUGUCAGGAAAUUAAAAGGCGGCCCUGAUCAGGUUGCGGCUGCAUGGGGUUUAAUGGCUUUGUAUUUAUAGAGUAUUCUGCUUCUACCCGUGCCAGAAAUACCACUUUUCUGCAUACUUCAGGUGAACAAGGCACAUGGAGGAAAGUUCUCUCACUGAAGGACAAUUGCGCUUUGAAAAACAAUUUGUGUUUUUUUGUGUUUGUAACAAUGCUGAUAUGUUUUCAGGAGAGAUGCUUGAGGAAUUAAGUUUCUGUGAAUUCUGAUGCAAACUGGCCUCAUCACCUCCCAGACUGAAGUGUUGGUCACAGUUAUCUAAUUAUCAUUAGAAGAUUGCACGUCUCCUAAUUUUGCUAUAUACCCAUUGACUAAAAAAAAUGUAUCAAUAUAAAUUAAAAAUGCAUAUUUUGGGAUGAAAUGUUUAGAAAUGUAUACACAGAGAAACAAAACAUUUGCAGAUUAAUUGGAUUUAUGAAUGAACAUGCAAAACUGAUAUGAGCUGGAAAUAUACUAUUCAGUGCUAGUUUUAAAAACAAGUUUGAUCACUAUUAAACCAUUUCCAAAGUCCCAUAUGCUUAAUGUAGGAUUUGCUCCACGGCAUCCUCUCUCUUAUAGUGAUCUGGUUUUUUUAGGGCAGGGAUGGGGAAUCCCCCCCCCCAGCAGACCACUCACCUGUCAAUCAGCUGAUGUCAUAAUGAUGUCUAAUGAUUGGCAUGUGGGUGGCCCCACCCAGGUGUCAAAGUUAGCCCAUGAGGGUAGAGGGAGAUAAUGACCAAGCAGGAUUGAACUCUUCACUCAUCAGCUGAUGCAUGGGGAGUUCAAUCCUGCUUUCUGAUGCAUCAGGUGUGGGGCAAAUGGGCAUGGUUUUUGAAAAACAGCCUUGUGGGGCCAAAUGGGGAGGCCUGGAGGCCCUAAUUUGGCCCUCAGGCCCGAGGCUCCCACUCCCUGUGUUAGGCCAUUUCCAGACAAUAGGUGGUCUUGCACCCUGGAAAUGAUAUGAUUCUUCGGACUUAUUUGAUAUCCCACAUGUGCAUUCUCUCUGUUGGCUAUUAUGAUAAUAAAAUGCUGCUUCUGGUGAAUGCUUUUACGGUGCUCUGCAUAGCAGUGUGGAUUUUAAUAGUAGGAAAUAGCCUGGCAAUGGGGAUGUACCAGGGUUGGCCAUACCGUGUGAAAGAGUAAGGUAGCAAAUUGUGAGCAGCAAACUUUCAGGUUUAUGGGGGAGGGCGUAUAUGUCUGUGGGCAUGCACACAUACCCCCAUGCCCACAUGUGCACCAAGAGAUUAAAAACAGAGCAGGGUGUUUUAUAGUAACAGGCAUUGCUAUGUAACAGGACUCGGCUUCCUAUCUUCAAAGCAGCCACACACAUCCUUGUAAAAAGCACAGGGAUGAGUAAUGCAGUAAGAUGCAAUAAGUUGCGAACAGUUGGGGUGAUGCAGAAAUGCAGACAGACGUACGGGUAUGUGUUACCCCAAGGAUCAAACACAGAAUGGAAAGUCAGGAGACCUACUCUGCCAUAGGGACUCAACGGAAAAGGAUGCAUAGCCUGCAAAUUCAAUAUGACAGCAAAUGGGCUGCAUUUCCCACUGUCUAGGGCUUUGCUUCAUGGAGCUUUUAGAGGUAUUUUUAGUCUCCGGGUAAGAAAAAAGAAACUAAACUUGAUUGCUUGUGCUACCUCCUCUGCACACUCGGCUAUUUUUACUUCCGACAGACUGGGCCUACAUCCAGCAUGUAGGGGGGGGAGGGGGGCUCCGAAGCUGGAAUUAUUUGCCUUCCAUUAAGAAAAAAACCUCCCAAGCCUGAUGUUAUCAAGUCAGUGAGGGGACAUCUGAUCUCAAACUUGUUGGACAGAUGUCUCUUGGCAGGCUUGCGCUGGAGAAAGGCAGAGAGAGCAAACAGAUCAGUAGAAUGGCUCUCAUACUGCAGAGGGCUGGUACUGGCACAGCUCUGUUCGAAGGACUUCUGGAACAUGAGUGGCACCAACAGGAUGAUUAGAAAACUGACAGUUUAUUCAAGGCAGGAGGUAAGGCUGAAUCUGAAGCCACCAUGACUCUCCCCCCACACCGGCGAAGUGCAUCAAAAGUCUUUUUUUCCAGAAGAGAGAAUUAAUAGGAAGAAAGCAUAAAGUGAAAACACUACAAGGAGAAGGAAAAUUCUUAGCAGCUUUUCCCAUAGUGUCAGCAAGCCGGUUGGGAAACUGCACUACAUUACGUUCACCUGCCUUCAAAAACCAUUCUUUGGGUAACGAUACAUUGGGGGGGGAAGGAUGCGGGUGGCGCUGUGGGUUAAACCACAGAGCCUAGGGCUUGCUGAUCCGAAGGUCGGAGGUUCGAAUCCCCACGACGGUGUGAGCUCCCGUUGCUCGGUCCCUGCUCCUGCCAACCUAGCAGUUCGAAAGCACGUCAAAGUGCAAGUAGAUAAAUAGGUACCGCUGCGGCGGGAAGGUAAACGGCAUUUCCGUGCGCUGCUCUGGUUCACCAGAAGCGGCUUAGUCACGCUGGCCACAUGACCCGGAGGCUGUACCCGGAGGCUCCCUCGGCCAAUAAAGCGAGAUGAGCGGUGCAACCCCAGAGUUGUCCGUGACUGGACCUAAUGGUCAGGGGUCCCUUUACCUUUACAUUGGGGGGGGGACAUAUUUGCCCUACAAAAAUGUCACCAGCAGUUCAAAACUGCUGACUGUCCAGCAGCCAUUUUGCAUCCCGCACAACGUCCCAAACCUAGUGUUGUUCAGUCACGCGGUUGCAGGCAGAUGGUAACCCAGCACAUAAAUGGUGGAGAAUAUUCAGCAAUAUGGCCCUCUUUGGGAAAGAGACCAGAAAAGAAAAUGUUGAGAAGUUUUUUUCUGGAAAAGCUCUUAUGAGAAAUUUUGCCUCAGCUCUAUACUCACUAUUGCUUCACACAACACAGACACAGAGUCACACACGCUGUUCUUUCCCAGAGGAAAGUCUAGCAUUUCAUUCUCUGCCUGUAUUCUUUUAAUGCAUGCCCAUGUAGUGCUUCACAGAAAUGACUACUGAGUAGUUGGGUUUUUGUUUUGUUUUAAAUUGGCAAGUAAGCGAAUUGGAACAGGGUAAGACAACUUGGUAUGUUAGGUAACUCCACUCCCCCAAAUAAGCAGUCCUAAGCCAAAACUGGAACUGCUUCGUGGUGCAAUGAGGGGGUUGCUUCUCAGUCUAGUGAAGCAACCAAGCCGCACUACAGACCUUUUAACUUCUACUCACAACUCCCCAUCUCAGACAGCAGCGGACCUUCUGCACCUGCAGGUGACCUGACUGUGUUGUUAAGGAACUUUAACUAGACUGAUUUGGACGGUAUGACUCACAUGUGCUGUGUUUUCCCUCGUCGUCUUUGUCUGCCUUCUAUAGGGCACUUUCAUUUAGUGCUGUCACUGCACUGCUGUCAAACCUCAGACUCAAGUAGCUGGCGUGAAAUGCAGAAUAAUUACUGUAACUUAAUUUGUGAUUGAUAUCCUCAUGGAUCUUGCAAAUCUCAGCAUAUCCAUCCUACUUCCAUUUCUGUUCAAGCCUCAGAACUGAUUUUUUUUGUUUUGUUUUCGUCACCCCCAUCCCUACCAUUUCCUCUUUAUGGAUGCAAAUCCCACCAACUGCGCUUUCUUCAUCUGCCUUGUGAAUGCAGCCUCUCCUACAUUUUCAUAGAAGCAUUGAAUGCAUUUUUCUUGCAAAUGCAUUUUUUCUUGCAAAUGCAUUGAAUGCGUUUUUCUUGGGGCAAAGGGGUUCUGAAGGGCAGAUAGGGCUCUGAGGCUUGGAAAAAUUAAGCCAUUUGCGCCCACUCAUUUUUGCAGGUUGCAGGUGUCCUCAUUCAGUGUUUCCCAGGCCCCCAAGCUAUACAGGAUAGCAUGGUGCAUCCUAUUGAUCAUCCUGUUUACAUGAGGUUAGGUGGUAUUGCCCCCCAUUGGAAUGGCGCCUCCUACAGGACUAAACAGGCAAAGCAUAGAACCUCUUGCUCUGCUUGUGAGUCGAUAGGUCAGGCUCCUGCAGUCUGACCAAGUUAGAACUUUUUAAAACAUAUUUUUUCACCUUUAGCUCCCCCCACUUUCAGUUCCUUUCUCCUCUCCUCCACAAUCACCACAUUUAUUUUUUUUAAAAAAAAUGUGUGGUGGGGAGCCAGCGUGGUGUAGUGGUUAAGAGUGGUGGACUCGUAAUCUGGUGAACCGGGUUCGCGUCUCCGCUCCUCCACAUGCAGCUGCUGGGUGACCUUGGGCUAGUCACACUUCUCUGAAGUCUCUCAGCCCCACUCACCUCACAGAGUGUUUGUUGUGGGGGAGGAAGGGAAAGGAGAUUGUUAGCCGCUUUGAGACUCCUUAGAGUAGUGAUUAAGUGGGAUAUCAAAUCCAAACUCCCCCUCUUCUUCUUCUUCUUCUUUUGGGUUCCUUUAGCUGGGGGUGAGGAUGACACCGCAGCCUGUUCCCGCCAAAAAUCCUAGGGCAGAGGAGCCUAGAGAGAGGAGUUCAGUGGCACCACUCCAGUGUCUGGUAGCGAAGGAAAACAAGCUGCUUCACACCACCUUUGGAGGCUUAUGGCCUUGGCUGACCCUUUCCCUGCCUUUCAGGGGGGCAUUUCUCCUCGGAAAUUGCCACACUGGACACAGCAGGGGGGAGAGGAGCAGCUGCCCUGCAUUCAGUGGUGAGGGCAGGCCACAGAGCUUUGGCCCCAGUCGCCUUCCACCUCCCCAGGCUACCAAGCAGCACCUCAUUCAUCCCCAAAUCAAUGUGGUUGCAUCAUUUCUAGAAAAUUAGCACGGCCCAUGUUUCUCUCUUGUUCCUUUCUCAGAUGUGUUAGCAAAAGAAGUUUCUCCUUUUCACUAUUCUGAGAGCAACUUAUGAAACAGCUCAGGACCCUGCCAAAUAUUACCUCCUAGCUUCUGGAUUGCAUUGCCUUUCGUUUCUGCAGAGAUUGUAAGCUCUUUGGAGCAGGGAUCUCACGUCAGUGUCUUUUACACUGUAGGUUCAGUAUAUAAAUGUUUUACAGUUUUAUGUGCUAUUAUCCACCCAGAGUGGCUGGGGAAACCCAGCCAGAUGGGUGGGGUUUUAAUUCAACAACAACAACAACAGCAACAAUAAUAAUAAAAAAUGGUGAGGUUUGCUGCUAGAGCACCUAGUGAUUUCUCUGCAUAGCGACAGCAACAGCUGAGCGGGAAGGUUUAGCCUGCACACACUGUCUCUUUAACACUGGCCAUGAUGAUGACUGUUUGGAUGAAACAACAACUGUGACCUUAUUUAAAGUGCUUGCCUGAAGGAGUGUCAAACAGGAUGGAGGGACAGGAGGAGAACAGAGUCUCUCCUUUGAAAUUAACGAGCUAAUGUCCUUGGAUGAAUAGACAUAUCUACUCAGCAAGGAAAAGAGGGAUGGAGGGUAAAUCUCCUUGCAUCUCCCUCUCUCCCUCUCUCUUGCUUAUCUCUUUUAAUGCACUUAAGUCCUUUUGUGUUUCUCUAAUCUGAUUGAGGGUGCCUAAUACCUUUGCAACCUGUGCAGCCACCUUCCUAGCCAAGCACCGAGGACAACAGGCUUAUAUGUGCAUGAUUUUUCUUAGUAAAAAUAGCAUAACUCCCUCCACUGGUUCCCCACUUUUUCCCUUUUGCUAUAUCUAAAUGCCCUGUUACUACACACUUGGGACUUGCAGUGGAAAUUAGUUUCACUGGCGUUCCAGUGUAUGCCAGUGUACAUCUUGCCCUACAGGUAUUCCCACCUCACUCAUCCAGUGAAGAUAUGGGGAGAAGCAGGGCCACGCAUACAGGCCAUGCCCCCCAAUGCCAGAGCAUCAGCUAGCCAUGCCCCUAGCACUGAAGGUUCAAUAUUAGUGCAAAAUGCAUAAGGCCCCUUUCACACCAGUGUCAAACACGUGGCAGUGGUGGGCAUGGCCACUGGACUCAGUCCCACUUUAACCCCUUCCCACAUAUUUGUAAACCACUGGGAGGUUGUUUUCUUUUAUAAUCAAAUGGUAUAUAAAUGUUAGGGAAUAAAUAACAUAGAUUCAGUGGGUGCAAAGGGAGAGUGAAUGUCUGCACACUUCUUUGACCCUGAGGACCAGGGUGUGAGAGCCCUACAGGUUUUUAGAAUGAAUUUAUUUAUUUGUUUCCCAAAUUUUAUAUACCACUAGAGUGUAAACACAAACACACACACACCUCAAAACAGUUUAGAGUGUGCAAAUGAGCAUCCAAUUCAUUGUGCUGGUAAAGUUGCAGAUAAGUGGUGUUCAUAUGCAUAAACAACAACAACACUUUGCUGUAACCCAUUAGCUCAUUUGAUCAUGGCCGAGAUCUUAAGUGCAUGAUUUGGGAGAAUAUUCUUGGGGAGUGCAGUUAUUCCAAAGGUACAGUGGUACCUCGGGUUACAUACGCUUCAGGUUACAUACGCUUCAGGUUACAUACGCUUCAGGUUACAAACUCCACUAACCCAGAAAUAGUGCUUCGGGUUAAGAACUUUGCUUCAGGAUGAGAACAGAAAUCGUGGUCCAGUGGCACAACAGCAGUGGGAGGCCCCAUUAGCUAAAGUGGUGCUUCAGGUUAAGAACAGUUUCAGGUUAAGUACAGACCUCCAGAACAAAUUAAGUACUUAACCCGAGGUACCACUGUACUAAUGAGGACAGGCUGCCUGUAUAGUGUUGGGCUAUUCAGUGCUAGUCAGGUUGGUUUCCUGGGAACCGGGUCUUGCCUGUCAUUCUAUUUGCUUGGAUAUUAUUUAACAAACACUAUAGAAACAUUUCUACAUCACUGGGUUGAGAUGCUAAUAGGAGGGUGAAAAGGGAAGAAGCUCUGAUGUUUAAAAGUGCAUUGUUUGUUUUUGUCCCUUUUUUCAUCAACUGGGUGGGGGAGAAGGGAUAUCUGUGUAUAUUUUAAGAAAGAUAUUUCACAGAGCAAUCCAAAUUCCUGGUGGGUGGCAGCAGGAUUUAAAGAGUAGUGGAGCAACUGCUACGUCUGGAGUCCCACAGGUUGCACUGGAAAAUAACGUCUCCUCCUGCCCCCACAUGCCAUUUCCAGGUUGGCGCAGCCGACAGACUCACAUCAGGCCAAUUGCUGGUGGCUACAGAUGAGGAAGAAAUUAGAUUUUGUUAAAGCAAACCCACCUAAUUUGUACUUACCGAAACAAUACGCAAACCGAAACACAGCCAUCCUUCAAAAUCCAUACUUCUCUGAAUUUUCAACACCGUUCCCCAGCCAAGUAACUGUAUAAAGAUGCACAUAGCAGGAUAAAGGGUGUCUAUAAAUGCACCUGUUUAUUGAAGAUAGCAUACAAAAAUACAUUAUAUUGGGGGGGAGUGAUUUGUAGGAAUGUGUAUAUUAGGUAAAAUUGCAUACAGAAAGAUGUGAAUUGGGAGAAACUUGUGUUAGAAUGCUGAUGAAUUUUCAUGAGGAUUUUUUGUGGUUUUUUUAAAAAAACCCAUGUGGAAAUGCGGAAAACUGAACUUAAGAAUGGGAAACUGAAAAACUGAGACAAACCAAAAUUGACACCUCAAGUUCUAUCCUAUCUGCCCCACUUCCAGGAGGGAUUGUUCCAUCAGUCAAUUUCUCUUAUCAGUUUUUCUCUUAAUUGGCAGUGCAAUCCUAAACACGUCUACUCAGAAGUAAAUCCCAUUGGGCUCAGUGAGGCUUACUCCCUAGGAUGCAUAGUUAGAACUGCAGCCCACAUGCAUAGGAAUCAACAGGAGUGCAUGUGCAUACAAAUAUACCUGUUAAGAAUAAGGAAACAUGUCUGAUUCCUCCAAAAAAAAAAAGGCCUUAAGAUUUCCUUCCUCUUUCGCCUACAGGGGUCCGUCUGGAUCGAGUUCGUGGAGGCCGUCAAAAGUACAAAAGGAGAUUGGAUUCCGAGAGCAGCACUUAUUUGAGCUUACAGAUUCCUCCUCCAGCCAAAAAGCCAUGUAAGUGCCGCUAUCACACUCUGUUGCCUGGGGCAAGCCCUCCAUUUCCUUUCCCCUAACAUAGUGCUGUGGGACUGUGUUGCUCUCCCUGAGUGUUCCUUGUAGGAAACCAGUUCUCAGCUGUCUUAAUUAGGGAGCCGCAUGAGUUAGUGUCCUCGGAAACUUUUCUGAAACUGAAACCGAGGGCAAUUGUUCAGAUACAUGGUUUAAGGGAACACCUGGCCUUUCCCUAAAUUUACAAGAGAUCAGCUUGCAGGUGAAGUUGGUGGCCUACCCAUCUCACCAUGAUGAUUCUCCAGCUUUGCAUGAUCCUGCUAGCUGCCUGGCAACCUGUUCAUCAUAGAUCUCUAUGCUCCAUGCAUUGUAGAAUCUAUUACUGGGGCAUUUCACACAUGGUCCAGCGCCGAGGGCCUUCUGGCGGUUCCCUCACUGCAAGAAGUCAAGUUACAGGGAACCAGGCAGAGGGCCUUCUCGGUAUUGGCGCCUGCCCUGUGGAACGCCCUCCCACCAGAUGUCAAAGAGAACAACAACUACCAGACUUUUAGAAGACAUCUGAAGGCAGCCCUGUUCAGGGAAGCUUUUAAUGUUUGAUGCAUUACUGUAUUUUAAUAUUUUGUUGGAAGCCGCCCAGAGUGGCUCGGGAAGCCCAGCCAGAUGGGCGGGCUAUAAAUAAUAAAUUAUUAUUAUUAUUAUUAUUAUUAUUAUUAUUAUUAUGCAGAGGAAAUCCUGAGCUUGCCACUGAGUCUGAACUCAGUGGGGGAGAUUUAGCCUAUCAGAUUCCCUGGUGCCUAUACCUGUAUGAUACCUGUGCUUUUUGCUUUGAUACUUUACAUUUAAGACAUCUUUGGUGCACACCUAAGCAAAAAUGGUAAAGGGUCUUAGUUUUCUGGAAGGUCUUGCUUCAUUGCUCAUAGAUCUUAUUCUAAUGUCUGCCCAGCUACUAGCACUUUGGUUUGAGGUGGAGAAACUAUCCCUGGAAAAGAUAUAUUACCCUUCCUGCCAAGAGUACCUUCUGUCAGAGUUCAGCCAAGCCACACAGACUGCACCAUCUGUGCUGGUCCUGCAGCACCAGUGAUCAGCUGCAUGUUCUAGAGCAGGGGUAGGCAACCUAAGGCCUGGGGGCCGGAUGCGGCCCAAUCGUCUUCUCAAUCUGGCCUGCAGACGGUCCAGGAAUGUGUCCUUUUAUUUAAAAUGCAUUUCUUGGUUAUUUGUGGGGCCUGCCUGAUGUUUUUACAUGAGUAGAAUGUGUGCUUUUAUUUAAAAUGCAUCUCUGGGUAAUUUGUGGGGCAUAGGAAUUCGUUCAUUUUUCCCCCCCUUCAAAAUAUAGUCCGGCCCACCACAAGGUCUGAGGGAUGGUGGACCAGCCCACAGCUGAAAAAGGUUGCUGAACCCUGUUCUAGAGAGUGGUCAGAACAGGAUGAGGUCCCCUCUAUUAAUGUACCAGUGGACUCAAACACACUAAGAGCCAUUUCACUUUCCAAAAAUAAGUAGUUUACAAUAGAAAGCUGGGGAAAUAUUUGAGGCAGACGUGAGAAAUGGACCGUAGUUUAUUUUAAUUUCCACAGGGGUGUUUCCUUAAGCCGUUUUCCCUACAUUUCCCCCCAUGUCAGAAGAUUCCCUAUUUAUUCCAGCCAGAAUGUCCAUAUGUGAGCUUCCUAUCAGUAUUAAUUAGCCAGAAUACAUGGUAAAACAAUUAUCAGUUGAAAUAUGCAGAGUGUUCAGAAUGAAAACUUAUAUCUUGGCAAAGGAUGCUUAGGUAUAUCAGUAAUUAACACAUGUAAAUAUCUAUGAUAGGAUCAGGGACUGAUCGUAGCUCAGUGGUAGGGCACAUGCCUUGAAUGCAAAAGGUUGCAGGUUCCAUCCCUGGGGCCUCCAGUUUAAAAAGGAGCAGGUAGCAUGGGAUGAGAAAGACCUCCGCCAUGGUCUCUGGAGAGCUGUUUACAACUCUGAGAAGGCAAUACUGGGCUAGAGGAACAAACAGUAUGAUCAGACAAGAGCCAGCUUCCUACAUACCUGGCAUUCCCAAGCAAAAAUAAUCUCACCUUUAUUUCAGAGAGUGGAGUUUUAAGCUACUUGCAUAGGUUCGUCAGAUGCACAUACUGAUUUCUGCUUUGGAAUUUGCAGUGACCAAGAUCGUCUCCCACUUGUUGGUGGCAGAGCCGGAAAAGAUUUAUGCUAUGCCUGACCCUACCAUGCCGGAGAGCGACAUAAAAGCUCUGACCACACUCUGUGAUUUGGCAGACAGAGAGCUGGUUGUGAUCAUUGGCUGGGCAAAGCACAUCCCAGGUAAGAAGUUAAGGGUGGGGGGCAAAAAAUGGUUGUGGUGACUUACCGUCAUGGGCACUAGUUUAUCAUUUUCAACAGGGAAGCUGCCAUUGCCUGAUGAGGAGCUCUGAAAUUUUGUGUGUAAAAAAACUCCCAGGAUUUUGCAGCUUCAGCUCCCACAUUUUGCAAAUGGAAUAAAAAUGCAGUGGGAAUCUUUAACCCAUGAGCAGCCUUGGAGGGAUCUACCUCUCUUGUUGCACAUUAUGAGAAGCAACAAAUUGAAGUGGGAAUAGUUCACACACACACACACACACACACACACACACACACACACCUGCUUUUUUGCUGCUCUUUUAACCAUGCGAAGCAGCCUCAAGGAGAACCCGAGUUCAAUAGAAAAUAGAGGUUAUGAGAGGACUCCUAGUUUACAACAGACUCCUCGCUUUCAAUCAGAAUUCCAAUGCAGUUAUUGAUUUAUUGGUGUAAAUUAAUGUAUCUUUAGAUGCUUGCGAUUAUCUUAUAGCUUUAGCUUUGAACUGAGAAAACUCCAGCUGAUGGGUACUUGGGAAAGGAGGUCAGUCUUUGGAUACUGCUUCUCAGCAAAUCUUAAUCCCAGUGGUGCCCUUCUUGAAGGAGGCCUGUCAUAACAGGGAUUACCCCACUCACUGGCUGCACAAUCUGCCAGGGCCUGAUUCAGCACAAACGGUGUAAUGCAGCUGAUUAAGGAAACUCUGUCUGGAUUGCUCCACUAACCCAGCAGCUGGGAAGAAUUAACAGGAAGGAUAAUAACAAACUACACCAGACGACAACUUAUUAAUACUCAGCCUACCAUCUCCAUAUUGAUGAGGCCCCUUCCUGUAAGAACAUUUGUGAGGUCAGUGUACUUUCCCAUUUUUAGUGCACAAUCCAAACAGUUGUUGACCAGGUAGAGCUGCUGUUAGAGCUGCUGUUGUGGAGAUACCACAUUUUCCAAGCAGGUUAGAUAUAAUCACACUUUCUUUUCUGUCUGUUUGUCUAGAAAGAUGUGGAGCAUCCCCCCCCCCCCCCGGUAGUACAUUUGUUACUUGCCUGAUUACAGUGCAAAUUAUGGUUGCAUUUCACUGGAGAGCCCUUGAUCACAUCCUGUCCCAUUACUUCUAAAAGCAAAGUGUUCCGAUGUACCAUUUUGUGAAAUCCUUUCCCAUUGUUUUGAAAUUUUGCAAUGGAAAAGUCCACAAAGUUGCUCCUCACAGACAAACCCAAAGCUAAUUCAAAUGGGGUGUGUGAAUUAAUAGCUAAAUAAUACUCAGUGUGGACAGGCCCAGAGUGAGUUGACAGCAUGAUAGAAAAGGAAGAAUGAUCUAAGGGUAACAAUAUAGUUAGGUCCUAAGUUUCUGAAUAAUAAGGCAAUAUGUUGAUUUCGUCCAAUGAAAUCUCUGAAAGCUGUGAGUAUGUGUGUACAUGUGCACAACUUUCAGCUUUGCAUUAAUUCCUAAACUUGCCUCAGACAAACAACUGUGCAAGGACCCUCUCAGUGAUGUCAGCACAUGGGUCCAAUUAAGCUUGAAGCCACUCUUCAGCAAUUGGGGGGGGGAUACAUUUUAAUAGUGUUCAGCAAAUAUUAUUACUUCCCUACCAAGGCUGUCUUCCCCUCUGGACAUGACUCCCCUUUCUUCAUGCUUCACACCCAGCCCCUGCAUUAAUCACCUGUACCUUGGUUCCCCAUCACUGUGUCUCCCUGCAGGAAGGGGAGACUUCUGUGGAGGGGUGAUGACAGGGGCUCUUUGGGUGACUGUUUUGCUGCUGCUCUUGCUGGGAAGACGAGAGCUUCGCACAGGAUGAAAUAUGGCUAGUGGAGUGACAGCAGCUGUGUCUAGAGUGGCCUCAGAUCCUAUAAUUACAUCUCUCUUUAUUACAGCUGCUAAUGGCCCUCCAGGAUGACAGAGAUGAUAAUAAAUUAACAGAUUAUGAACUCCACUUGCCACAAAUUAUGUGUUUUCUCUCUCUCUUCUCUCUCCCCCCCCUCUCUCUAAAGAUUCUGGUAGCUCCUGCUGCCAAAUGUCUAAAAAAGAAUAGGUUUCUACACCCAUGGGUACAAAUACUACAGGUUUCAGAGGGAAUCUGUGAAGUUCAGUUGGGAUACUGCCAAGAGGAGCUUAUGCAUGCUUCUCUGUAAGAAAGGAUGAGGUAAUGUGCUUUAUUUGUAGCAAUGUGAGGCAUGCAACAAUUUUCUAAUACGUGGAUGAGGAGGAAUCUGUGGCCUCCGGCCAAGAUGGCCAAUGGUGAAGACUGAAUGAUGGGGGUUGUAGUUCAACAACAUCUGGAGAACUUCAGAUUCCCCACCCUUGUUCUCACAGGACAGAUUCCAUGUUUCUGGAAUGUGUGCCUGAUGGAGCUGGAAAGUUAGCCACUCCAGCCAUCAUUUGGAUCAGUUCUCAGAUGCCUCCAAACAGGGCAUGAUAGAGAUACUAGCCAUCUCCAUUUUAGUUUAGAGCCAUAGAUUCUAUAUAUUCUAUAUAUUCUGGUGUGUUUAUUUAUUUUUAAUUUUUAAGAAAGAUGCAUAAGCUGGUGGCCAUCACCAUAAAAUGGUUAUGCAUGCAUUUUUUUAAAAAAUGACCCGAGCCUAGAGCUAAUCAUUUUCGCUGGGUGACCUGAGAUAUGUCCCCUUUGACAUCUUUUUCUAAACACAACAGAUCAUCCAAAUAUUCCUUUCUUAUAGGGAGAAUGCUCUAACCCUCUGGCCAUUUUAGCUGCCUUAUUCUAUCCCUCUUCCAAUUCUAUGGUGUCUUUUUGAAAAAGGGCAACCAAUCUGCAUGCAGUAUUGUAAGCCCAUUUACACCACAGAUUUAUAUAAUAGCAUUAUGGAGCAAUCAUUUUAUUUUCAGCUCCUUUAAUUCUCAUCUACUCAUUCUUUCUUAAAACAGGAUUUGCCUUUUUCACUCCCACAGUACACUGAUUUGACUGUUUUUUUCAGUGAGCUUUCCACUGCUAUCCAAGAUCUUUUCCCUGAGUGGUACAGCUCCUUCACAAGUAGUUAUUCUGUUGGCAUUCUUAUAGUUUGUUGUGGUUUAAACCUUCUUGAAUAACUGGUGUCAACCACAGACUUAGGUUUAUCUUGAUCCCAGAUAAUUUAUUACUAACUUAAAAGCACUGGUCUCAAACAGUGCUGAGCCAGAAUUGAAACCCCAUGAAUUCAUAGCCCUCUUUGUGGUCUAUGAAAGAACCCACCCUGUUGGUGAUUAUGAGGGAAAGAGCUGUGAACCUAUCAGUGUGCCUCAGCCAACACGUGGGUCUGAUGGACAUUGUGGUCCAAAACACUUUCAGGACACCAGAUUGGGGGACGUUGAUCUCAGCACUGCGCUUUUUUCAUUGUUUGCUCACAGUCUGGUAUCUGCAGCGGGCAUGGCAUUUUCUUGCACAGCAUGUGAUCUGCUCUCUGCUCAGAUGCGUUAGGAAUCCCACUGUUUAAUUCCCUCUUGUAAAAGAGAAGAUUUUGAUGCCAGCCCCCUAUAGAAUACCUUGCAUUACCCAGUUGGAGAUCAAGGAGAUGCGGCAUGAAUGACAGCUAUCAGGUCUGAAUCGGACAAAGAGGAUUUCACCAUCCUCUCUGGACAGAGUUGGUGAGAAAGUGCUCUUGCUUUGUCCCAGAGUCGCAGCUACAGUGUUGAGCACAAUGCUCAGGAUAUGAACUUGGAGUGGCAGGGUGUUCUUUGCCCAUCAUAGAACUGUGUGUACACUUGGCAGGGAUCUACUAUCAACAGUUCUCUGUUUCACGUACCUGUGUGCAACACAUUUUCAAGUGUGUGUUUAUCACAUUCACGCUGCACACUUUAGGCAUACACUUAAAAUCCCUAGUGUAAUGAGUGAAGAGGCCCUGAGAUACCAGAUCAAAUACCUCAUGCAUUGCUUGUUCUGUGUGGUUGGGAUGUUUAAUCUCUCACUCUGUUUCAGAUGAUGUCUGCUUGUCUGGCUCAGAAAAGAUUGAACUUUUUCUGUAACUGCUAAAGUGGCUGGAUUAUUAUUUCGUUUUGAUGGUUCUUGGUUAUGGAAUGGAAGCGCCUUCCUCCAUUAGGACAUUGUCAAGCAUAAAUGAACUGACCGUAAUAAGUCAGUACGAUGAAUAGUUUACAGGUCUUCAGCAGAACUUGUGAGCAUAGUUUUCUUGCUACAUAAAUGCGGAUUAGCAACAGAAGAACUCAGCUCCCUUGCUAAAAGGGCAGCUUGUUGUUAUUCAGACAUACACAGGGCAAAGCACUGGGUUGUGGUCAGCAAUGCACUGCAACCUAGCUGUCUAGCCUAGCUCCUUUCCAUCUUCAGACUCGCCAAGAAGGGUUGGUUUUGCAGCUCAUGUCCCUGAUGUCCCAGCCUCCUCUUCAGCUGUCCUCUUAUUUCUUCUGGUACUCCUCCCCAGUGCUUUAUCGAUCUCUCCCUCCUACCCAUCAGGCCACACACACGCACACACAACACGUGACAGCUGAUUGGUAUCUGUUAAUUAAUGUGGCCUGCGGCCUCUUUUCUAUUCAGUGGCCUGAUAAGGGAAAUUGGAUGUCCAAGGACUGCCGUGCCAUUAUCACCCCUUACCUCCUCUGGCAACACAAACACAAAACAUGGUGUAGUGAUAAAUAAAUACCACUAACCCAUCCCUCUGCCCUCACUUCCUUGGGCUGAGAUAGCUGAGACAGAAAAAUGGAACUCCCGACCAGUCAAUACAGCAAUCACCAGCUCUUUUGUUAAUUGCCAAGUUGAUAACAAGAGAAAUCAAAUGAUCCUUGCAGUGACUGGCUCCCUUGGCCCAGAUGCAGGCACACGAGUACCAGAGCAAAGGACUAUGGGAAUAAAGGCAUCCUGCUGAGCGUAAAUCACAGCUAGGGGGACUGGAGCGUCUCUGAGUCAAAGGUUAAUGAGCUUAGGAGGAACUGUGGGGCAGCAGUGAAGCAGUUGCACAAAAAGAAGAAAAGGGAACCAGAAUGAUCUCUUACAACACUUGGCAAGAAAUGUUAGGUAACUCCUUGUUUGUUACUAGGAACAGAUGAAUCUGUCAAUGUCAUGUUCUAAAUUUUCCAAUCUCAAAUUCGGUUUGCAUCAGUUUGCAAACCCUUAAAAACUCAAACACAUUUUGGGGUACACUUAUCCUAAUACAUCAGUUUUUGCAAGCAGUAUAUCCAUUUUUGCAAGAGCCUAAUAUAAGGCAUUGUUGUGGGUUAUUUUUGCUCACAUGCAGUUUUGUGCUUAGUUUUCCCUAAUAUAUGUUUGGUGAGAACUGCAUCACAAAAUUUGUUGAAGAGUGAGUUAUAAGGAUAACUGCAUUUCGAUUUGCAUAUUGGUUUGGAAAGUAUGGUGUUAUCUAGGUUCACAUUAAGCAAAUAAAACAAAAUGAAUUUCUCCCCCAUUCCUGGUUGUAACCAAGGUGUGAAAAUAAACCACUCUUUGUGGAAGGAGCAGGCAGACUUUGGGCUAGGUUGAGUCUCCAUGCUUUCUUUAUAUGUAGGAUUUGUAUGUGUUGCGACAGACUAGGAAGAGUCAGGAAAUACUGAGAAGAAGCUCAGUUGUCUGUAGUGUUUCUACUCUCAUCGUCUCCCUCCCUCAGCAAAAACAGUUCCCCUCAUUUCUUCAGGACUCUUGUGUGAGUCUGGUGAUUUUGAAAGAGCAUCUCAAGAGUGAAAAUGGAAAAUUUCAUCAUGCAAAAGUGAGAUGUCCAUGACAUUCUUGUGAGUAAAGUUGCAACAGAGGGAAAUUUAUACCUGUGUCUGUUUGUGAGUCAGAUAGUCAUAUGCCAAACUACUCCCAGUGUCUUACUCAUGUCUGAAUCACUUGUAGACAGACAUUUGUCCUUGGCACAUUAAGAAAUUUGUGAUAUAGGAAGCGGCCUUUUCUUACACUUGUGUUUCACACAGAAACAAAGCCCAUCUCCUUGCCUCCUUUCCCACACUGGCUGUAAUGCCUGAUUUCAUUUUUCCAGUGUGGACUGUAUGUUAUUCAUCUCCCAGAUUCCUUCUGACUUUUCCAGUUUUGAGAGCAGGUGGACAGGCCAGGUGGCACUGCCUCCCUCCGAAUGAACCAUCAUCUCCAGAGCCCCAGUUUUCACGUUAAAAAAGAAAAAGGAAGUGAGAGAGUACAUUUCUAGUACUUGUGGAAUCUGAGUUAUAAGGCAAAACGUACAGGAACUAUUCUUUUUUUGUGUGUGAGAAACUAGCCAGGCGCCCAUUUAGUAUGUACUUUGCAUCCCCACCACCACCUAGAAAAAUUCCUGCCAACAUACAUGAUCUUACCAUGUAGUUUUCAAGCACAGCAUUCCUCUGUUGUGGGGAUCUCAAUAAAUGCUACUAGUUCUAAUUUGUUCAGUUCUCAUUCAUGGCUUUUCAGUGUCUGGUCAGCCUGGUACCCAAAUUGGUGUUCAUGUCAGAGUAGGUGCUGUUUGUUCCUGUGGGUCCUAAAGUAACAUUAAUGAUCCUCUGGUUGGUGGAGGCAAUGUUAUAAAACUGGACUGAGUUCCAUUGUUAAGAAAAAUUGACUUGGAUCCUAACUUUUUUUUCUGAAAAGGGAAUGAACUUCUGUUUUUGGAAGGGAGUUGCACUCAUGGAGGAGGUCCUUCUGUUUGCAGCCUGAAUGGACUUAAUGGAUUGUGAAUGGACUUUUGUGAUUAAAUGCUACAAAGCUUGUUGGUGUGAAGUAUAAGCAAGCCUAACAUUAAUAGCCAGGCACAUGGCAGUAUUUAAUGCUAUUCUAUGGCAGCAAGUGUGAAAACACAUCCACAGCUCUACAUUUAUUUGUUUAUACAUUUAUACACGGUUUAUUAGGCAGCUGUUCCACCUAAAUUACAUAGAUCAGUCCUUUUAAAUAAAACUCCUGAGUCUUUACUCUUUCUUUCAAUCAUGUGUUCAGCUUCCAAAGCAAAUGGGAAGCUUUCGUAUGUGGCAAGCUGAAGGUGAUUCCAAAUGGGAUUGUGUGAAUAAAAGUAUUCGUUACAAAAUCCAUGUGUGUCAUGGAAUGGUUAAAAUCACCCAAACUACAUAGGACAGGCAUAGCCAAACUUGGCCCUCUAGAUGUUUUGGGACUACAACUCCUAUCAUCCCUAACUAACAAAACCAGUGGUCAGGGAUGAUGGGAAUUGCAGUCCCAAAACAUCUGGAGGGUCAAGUUUGGCCAUGCCUGACAUAGGAAGUGGCUUACCAUGUGGAACUGCAAAUGCAACUGGCUCUUAAAAUGUGGCACACCUGUGUGUGAAAUGAUUGAAAGUUUCAUAUAUUUUUUUAGCACUUUGUCAAAGGAGCAUUUUUUUUUACCUUGAACUGUGGUUAAAUGUUUAUGGCCAAGGGCUCCCCAUGGGAAUAUUGAGGUUUCCAUCAUUGGGUGACCUAACAGAGUCCCCACCAGAUUUCUGAGCUUCAGGGCUUGGAGCAGGCAGUGCUAAAACAUCGUCUCCUACUUGUGUACGUAAGUUGACUUGCUCUUCUUGCCCUGCCAGGCUUUUCUAAUCUUUCCCUGGGGGACCAGAUGAGCCUAUUGCAGAGUGCAUGGAUGGAGAUACUCAUCCUGGGUAUCGUCUACCGCUCGUUACCCUAUGAGGAUAAAUUGGUCUAUGCUGAAGAUUACAUCAUGGAUGAGGAACAUUCUCGCUUGACGGGCCUGCUGGAGCUCUACCUGGCCAUCCUGCAGCUUGUGCGCAGGUAUAAGAAGCUGAAGGUGGAGAAGGAAGAGUUUGUGACACUCAAGGCCUUGGCUCUUGCCAAUUCAGGUAAGGUUACCAUCUGGAAUGGACAUGAGAGUCUGGCCACCAUCGCCCAUGCAACUGAAAGUCUCACUGAAAGAUAGGGCUGGACAUUGGGUUCAUGAGCUUUACAUGUGGUCCAAAUGGGGACUUUCUAGACUACUAGAGUGAGAUAACAUUCCUUUAUGAUUCCUUUGGUUCAGUCUGACGGUGGUCAAGGUAGAAAGGAUGUUCUGAGCACCUCCUUCAGUUUUUAUAUCCCCCAAGUUGUUGAAACAGCUUCCAGAUCACUGGGUUGUAGUAAUUUCAUAUUUAACCAGCAUUGUGGUUUGUUUCACUUCAUUUUUUACUAACUCCAAUGCUACCUUGAUCUUGGAAAACUGCCACUGAAAGGCUCUGUGAUACAGAGCCAGUGCUUGAACCUGGCUUGUGGCAGCUGCACAUUGUAGAGACGCCUAUCUAAAAACAUUCCAUCAUGAAAAACAGAUACAUUAAAAACACACACACCCAUGCCUCAACACUGAAAAUUGCGUUAGAAAGAACCAUAAGAUCCCGAACUGAAAAUACAAGAACCCAUAACUUACAGUACAAUCCUAACCAUGUCUACUCAGAAGUCCUAGAAAAUGCAAUGGGAUUUACUCCCAGGCAAGUGGAGUUAGAUUGCAGCCACAAACAGUAAUAGACUCAAAGGCUUGUAGACAAAGAAAGGUUCUCAAAUGCUGGUGGAAUAUGUGUUAACCUCCAGGGCAGGAAGUUCCAUCUAGGAGGUGGUGCAUGCCACAGAGAAGGCUGCCUCUCACACCGCACCUCAGAAGACAGCGAUCUGCAUAAGAAGGGUGCAUCAGCUCUUCUUAAAGGACAGGCAAAUUUGCCCUCUCACUUUUUUGCUGGUUUGUUUGUUUUGCAGAUUCUUUUUCCCCCAAAAUUUUUUAUUGGUUUUCACAAUAUUAUAAACAAACAAACAAACAAACAAACAAACAAACAAGACAAACAUAACAAACAUAAAUCGUAGCCUUAUUGAAAAUUACAGUUAUUAACUUUGUUAAGUGACUUCCUCGCUUCCCCUUGGUUGAAUUUCAUUGCAUGUCCUUUUAACGGUUUUCCAAAUCCCAGUUUUUAUGAAAUUUAACUUAAACAUUAACAUCCUUAAAUCUUUACCUUAUAUAAUUAAACAUAUUAAUUCAUCACUUAACAUAAAUAAAAUCCUAAGCCUAUUAAGUAUCUGCAAGCUAUUUCCAGUUAAUUUAACUUAACAAAUUUAGCUAAAUAAUCAUUAAAUAUAUUCCAUUCCUCCUCCUUCUGGUCGCGGACUCUUCCGGUUAGGUCGAAAAGUCCAUCAUCUUCAUCUGCCAUUCUUCUACUGUUGGUAAUUCUUGGGUUUUCCACUUUUUAGCUAACAAAAUACGAGCAGAGGUUGUAGCAUACAAAAAUAAUUUAACAUCUUUCUUGGGCAAUUCCAAACCUGAAAGAAGGCCUCUGGUUUCUUUAUAAAUAUAUAUUUCAACAUUUUUUUUCAAUUCAUUAUAAAUCUUUUCCCAGAAGUCUUUCACCUUGGGACAGGUUCACCACAUAUGAUAAAAGGUUGUCUCUUUGCAGAUUCAAUGCACAUAGAGGACAUGGAUGCAGUGCAGAAACUCCAAGACCUUCUCCACGAAGCUCUCCAGGAUUACGAGCUGAGCCAGCGUCAUGAGGAACCACGGCGUGCGGGGAAGCUGCUGCUCACCCUUCCCCUCCUGCGGCAAACAGCUGCCAAGGCCGUGCAGCACUUCUAUAGCAUCAAACUGCAGGGCAAGGUCCCCAUGCACAAACUCUUCCUAGAAAUGCUGGAAGCCAAGGUCUGACAGGCCCAGGAAGCAAACUGGAAGCCAAGGUUGCGGCCACGGAGCUAACCAAACAGAGGUGGCAGCUGGCUUUUAUCUCCAAUCAUUUAUUAUGGAAGAAUUAUUUAACAUCCAUCUGGCAGCCACGCCAGUCUGUACAUCCAUCUGAAGAUUAUUGUGUACAGAGAAGGAAACUCUUUUAAUCAACAUCACUCUUCCCCCCCUCCUUUCUUUCUUUCUGGAAAAUUAUAGAACAAGCUCUUGCACUUGCAGAGGGAGCCAAAGGAAGUCUGGAGCCCCUAAGAGUGAUGCUGUUUGCACUAUCCAGGGCAGCCCAUUCCUAUCUUCUUUGAACUAAGAGAAGGGGUGUGGGGACUGAAGCAGAAAAUGGUGAAAAAUAAGAGUUUGUAACAUUCAUAGCAUGGUGGCGUGAGAGGAGAUUAAAAAAUAUAUCUGGGCAUCAGUGGGUCCGCAGCUUGACCCCUUUCCUCAAUGCUGUGGUCCAUGUGAUGGUGGUCUGUUUGGGGAGGAGCGUCAUGGGAUCUCUUAAGUCGAGAAUGGCUGCCUCCUGUGCUCAAGCUACACAGAAAACAUGUACAUAGAGGCCCUCCUUAUUGGGAAGGACAGGCCUGACCGUGUAAGAUAUCCUGUGUUAUUGUACAGCAUAUUUGCACCUGGCUUUCCCCUACCCAUGUGCAAUCAUAACAUUCCCGGUGGUGGUUACUAGAGAAGCUGGAGACAUGUCCUUGAGAGAGACAUAGAGAGAAGAUCUCGUUGUGUGAGAACAUGCAGAGGGAAAUAGCUGGAUACUUUUUGUUGUUCCAAGGCUGUAGUCCCUCAGUCAUCCCUUCAUCCUCCUAGACGUGGUGCUAUUUCAAAAGAAAAAGAAAACCCUCUACCUCCUUUCCUUCUUUCUCCACAUGGCCCGAGGUCACUGGAAUCACAGGGAGUGGGCCAAAAUAAAAGUUAUCCCAAACCAGGGCAUUUCCCAGUCUUUCCUCACCAAUAGAUUUCAAGCUCCAAAUCCAAAUAUUGGAUAUAUUCCCUGAGAGGUAGGGGAGAAGAAGAAUUAGAAGAACUCACCUGCUGGGCUUGUGCCAUGUUAAGAGAACUAAAACAACCCAGGGGAGAUACUUAAUUUUUGCCUCCACAUUCCUCUCCCACUGUGGCAACUCUCUCAUUGAGGUCAGUUGCUUGAAUCCAGCUUGAAUGUAGCUGAAGGAAGGCAAGGGUAGCAAGGCUUAUAUUUGAGCCAAAACCUGUUUUGAAUGGCAGGCUUGAAGUGAUAAGUAAGAGAGUGCCUCUGAGAAUUAGAAGUGCUUCUCCCUACCCAUCAAGGGAUUGGGGAGGUAAGGUUUCUAGGUUAUAUUUAUAAAAAUAAUGGCUUCCAAGUUAGCUAGGCCCCUGCCAACCCUCUUUUCAAAGAUUAAUUACUUUUCUUCUCAUCAGUCCCACAGAGCCACAAGUCCAGAUGGCUUUGACUGGUUUGUGGCUUUUCAGGAGGGUGAUGUGUUUGUGUGUCUGUUUUCACGGUUAUUUUGGGAUCCAGCAGUGAGUUCAAGAGUUAAACCCACUGUUGCAGAAGCAGCAUUGAAGCCAAGAUGACCAUACAAGUGAAUUUUACUUCCAAAGGGAGUAGUCAAAACAACAUGUGAAAAUAGGUCUAACCAAAGCAAUAAAAGGGAUGGAUGGCAAAAAUAUAUAUAUCAUUUGCCAAGUGAGGGCUGGGCAGUGUCCUGUCUGCUUCCUGAGGUAAAUCAGAACAGAGGCCUCAACUUCUUUACUUUGUACUAAUUCACUUUGCUGCUUCAUCCAGAUGCUCAUCUAAAGGUCCUCUUUUUUGAAGAGGGAAAAAGUGGGCAGGGAGGGAGCCAGCAGAUUGCUAAACUGGUCUUCCAUGACUAUGAAGGAUGCGACAGAAAUAAACACAGUAAUCCUGAAGCUCCCUUCGGACGCCUGCGGUUGGCAACUGAUUUGGGGCUGCACCAUACUUACAAUCUCCUGACAGUUUUGUUUCUGGAUGACAAACAGCUCCGGUUUUCUGCUCAAAAUGGCUCCCUACUUCUUUUCCACCCAUGGGGGAAAGUAUUUUGAUGGAUGCUCCUUUUCUCAGAGUAGCCUUCCUCUCUCCCCAGCUUUCUUUAUCCUACUAACAGUCAUUGUCAUUCUUCUCCAAAAUAGCCAUCACAUGUAGGGGACAACAGUAGCUCACUGGCAGAGCGCCUGCUUGGCAUGCAGAAGGUCCUGAGUUCCUUUAUUGGCAUCUCUGUUGAAAAGGAUCAGCUCACAGGUGAUGGGGAAGGCCCCCAGCUUAGACCUUACAGACCCACUGCACAUCAAAGUAGAUAAUAUGGGGCUACGGGCAAAUAGACCUGAAUUUGCACAAGACUUCCUAUGUUCCUGUGUCUCUCCUUUGCAAAGCAUGGUUGCGGGAUUUCUCUACUAAAGGCCAGAGAAAGAGUUCCUGGCACUACAGGCCUCAAUCAUGGGUCCUUAUUGGGAGGAGCAUUUUCAUGCUCAUUUAAAGCAGCCUUCCUUCAUUGCCACUUUGGGGCAGUAAACAAGCAAAGACUCAGUAAACGCAAUAAACGCAGGAACAAAUACUUCUCGUUCCCAUGUUUGUAAAACUACCACUUUGUUCAUUUGCAAAUAGCCUAAGGUCAUCUUAUGUUGCUGGAGCAUAAAGUCACUGCCUUGCUGGGUCCAUUUAGUGCAGCCUUUUGUCUCCAAUUGUGGCCAUUCUGGUUAGCUCUCAAGCAGGGCAUUGCCCACACCUCUGCAUAAUCAAGGAUAUAUUGUACCAGUGUUUAUUUUUUUCUGAAGUCAGAGGCCAUGUGGAGCCUGCUUGUCCAUUACUCACUGCACCCUUUUGGGUUCAAUCAGAGAUAUAGCUGCAUCACUCUCAACCAACAUUCCCCAAUCUGAUGCCGCCCAGAUGAUUUUUGGGUUUCCAACUCCCAUCAGCCCCAGCUAGAAUGGCCAGUUGUCAGGGAGGAUGGGAAUUGUAAUCCAAAACAUCUGAACGGCACCAGGUUGAAGAAGACUGGUGAAAACUAAGUGAAGACCACAUAACCUUCAGUAAUUUUGACGAUGGUUUAAUCUUAGAGAUAUAGGGUUGCCAUGGUCCUGCCAGCGCAAGGAUUUCUGGUUGCACAAUGGGACUUCUCCACUCUCCUCUGACCACCAAUCCCCUAAAUCUCUUCCAGGGGUCCCCCCAACCCUCAAGAGCAGAUUUGGGGAGGUUGCAGGGUGCAAGGAGGGGGAGAAGAGGGGGGGGAGUCCCACUGUGCAAGUGGAAAUCCACGUGGAGGUGGAAGGCAUUAUGUGGAUACCGUCCAUAAUCGUAGAGGGGGCUGAGGCCGCAUAUUCCAAAUUAAUUUAAUAGAACAUACAUCUGAGGAAGACAGUAGCAAUCAACCAGAGCAGCAACUUGGUAAUGCUUUAGAUCUUAUAGGGAGAGUGGAUAGCACAGACCAGCUUCAGCUUUUAGCAAUAGGGACAGCUCUGGUUCCAUGCCUUUGGAACUAGCAGAAAGUGUAUGUGUGUGUGUGCAAGCAUGCACUAAGCAAUUAUCCGGUCCUGCACAUAGGAGUCAAAUAUUUUGUAAGGUACGAACUACUGGUACAAGAAUGAUUCUGACACCUGCAAACCCUCAGACAAUAGUAGCUUCCAUGGAGUAGGUAAUAAAGUCCCCAAGUGCUAACCCCGGGAUUAGUUUAGGGCAAGGCAUGCAGGUAAGUGCCUUCGCUAGAAUAGAAGCAUGACAUCUGUCAACCUCCCCCUUUCCAGGAAGCUGUGUCACCCUACUUCUGUGCCUACCUGUAACCUGCAGUGUACUCUCUCCUUCCCAAAGCUUUACAGAGGUCACUGUCUUCUGCUCUGAAAUACAACCCUCCCAAUGAGCCACGGAGGCAACAAAUGCUGCUUGCAUUCACAUUCCUUUCUGGGGUCUCUGGCCUUUAGUGCAACCAGCAAGCAAACACCCAAGUUGACGGGAAUCACUUCAGAUCAGUGGUGCGAUACCUACCACCCCUUGCACCUGAGAAAAAGGCGGGCAUUAUUUUGAAGUGAAAAUAUGAAAAAACUGCAAAACCACAACCCAACAGUAUUGUUCAUGCCAAAUAAGGGGCGUUAUUUUCUUCUCUCUUCAUAACCAGACUGACUCAUGUGUUCAGAAAUGUCAAACAUGUAUUUUGAAACCAUGCUAAAGCAGCUGUCAAAAAAGGAAGGAAAGAAACCCUAAGAAUGUAUGUGGCUGAGGUUUUUUGGCCAGUCAUGUGGUCCAAAGCCAGUCCUGCUCUGGUGACUUGAUGGUUAAGAGAAGCCAAAAACAAGCAAAGGGGGGAAAAUGGGAAAGCCUGUGCAAAACUAUGCAGGGUGUCAUAGUCCAAGAGUGAAAUAAAACAGUAACUACUCAACUAUUAUCUGCUCCUGAAAGAAAGAAAAAACUGUCAAAUAACUAAUUAAAUAAAUCGUAUUCUUGUGGUACAGGUCAUUUCGAACAAACUGAGAAAUAAAACAAAUGUAC